ACAGCGCAGCUCUGCUUCGCGACACACACUCGGAGUCCCAAAAUAACUUUACCCGCCUAGUUGCGUGACUUUUUCAUCACCAACCGUGAGUUUGAUUUUUUUAAAGCACCAGUUCUAAAUGGCGAGUCCAGGUUCGGAUGCAGGACGGCAUCUUCCUCUACAGCAUCCUCAUCACUGUCAUCACACCGAACCGGCGCCAGAACCUGCUGUCCGCGAGGCGCAGAGAUGGAUAGAGGCAGUGACCGGCAGAAUUUUUGGUGACAAAGACUUCAGAGGUGGACUCGACAACGGCAUUCUACUGUGCGAACUGCUGAGCUCAAUCAAACCAGGUCUUGUGAAGAAGAUAAACAGGCUGCCCACUCCCGUAGCUGCCCUGGAUAAUGUGGUGCUCUUCCUAAAGGGUUGUGAGCAGUUGGGUUUGAAGGGCUCUCAGCUGUUUGAUCCUGGAGAUUUGCAAGACACCUCCACACGCACCUACAAAGGUCCAGACAACAACAAGAAGAUAAAACAUGUUUUAAUCACUGUCUACUGGCUGGGCCGAGCAGCUAAUAGCAGUGCCACAUAUAACGGGCCCACCCUGGACCUGCACGAGUUUGAAGGGCUGCUGUCACAGAUGAGAAAGGAGGCAGAGGAGUGGGACAGCCCGAAGCGUAGCAUCAGGGACAGUGGUUAUAUAGACUGCUGGGAGUCCGAGCGCAGUGACUCUCUGUCUCCACCAAGACACGCUCGAGACGACUCGUUCGACAGCCUGGACUCCAUCGGCUCCCGUUCCCGCCAAACCCCCUCGCCCGACGGCCUGCUUGCCCAAGGCUACAGUGAUGGCCACGGCAGCGACUCGGAGAGCGAUGCCCCCCAGCGGAAGAUGCCGGAUGUGCGUAAGGAUGACAUGCUGGUGCGGCGAACCUCCUACAGUGAGCCGCGGACCGCCGUUCCAUUCAACCAGUACCUGCCCAACAAGAGCAACCAGAGUUCAUUCAUGCCAACACCAGCGCGACGACCACAUGCCGACAGAGAGAACAACCGCAAGAGCUGGAGUAAUGCAACCUCACCUGUCGGAGGAGAGAGACCCUUCAGAUUCAGCCGCUCAUCUAGUGUGUUUGAUGAUCCUGAGAGUGUGAGUAUGUUUGACAUGAGGAGUGAUGAAGACUCCAUGUUAACGCCCCACAGUCAAGUUCGACAUGAGUUGAUGCACAACCAGUACAACAGGUUGAAAGAGGAAGAAGACCACUGGCAAGAUGAUCUGGCCAGGUGGAAGAGUCGAAGGAGGAGUGUUUCUCAGGACUUGAUCAAGAAAGAGGAGGAGAGGAAGAUGAUGGAGAGAGUUCUGAGUGGAGAAGAAGGGUCACAGAGAAGGAAGAGUAUCAAGACAUACCGAGAGAUAGUGGAGGAGAAGGAGUGUCGCGAGCGAGAGCUGCACGAGGCAUACCGGAACGCCCGAACGCAGGAGGAAGCUGCUGCUGUGCUGCAACGCUAUGCCCAGCGCUUCACCAUCAGCGAGGCCGUUCUCGAGCGCCUAAAACUCCCCAAGCUUCUGGAGAGGAGUGUGUCGGCUGACCCCACUCGUCUCAACUCCAUUCCCACCUCCUUAGACAUCUCUGCUUUCAGCUCCUCCACAAACCCGCUGCAGUACCUGCGGCAGCAGUCACUCCCCGUACCCAAGUUCACAUCCACGGUUGAGACUCAUGUAACGGGAUACAGCUUAGAGCAGGGAACCAUGGGAGAUACAGAGAGCGUCUCAGGUCCAGUUCGUUCACGCGUGACAGUGCCCUCAUUGGGUCCAAAACCAUAUAGACAGAGCAGAAAUGGCAACACUGGGAUGAGGACAGCUAAGGUGGAUGAAAUGACAAGAGUGAAUGGAGAGAGGGAGGAUGAUGUCUGCAGCAUUGAGGAGGAGGGACGACCACAAAGAGACAGAAAGGAGGAGGAACAUUCUUUGCAGUUCUUCCCUUCUCCCUCCCAGCACACAGACAUCACAGAGACUGAUGUUUCGGGAGUUCAGCCCAUGGACACACUUACGUCCACACACAUGCCUGAGCCAGAUCACUGGAAGGAAGAUGGAGAGAUGACAGAGAUGGACAAAAGAGGGACAAUCCUGCAGGUCAGAGAUGCCCAUACAUCCCCCAAAGUGUUGGAGUCCAAAACAGAUGAGACAGUAGCAGGUCAAGGGCAGUCUUCUGAAGAUCAGACAUGUAUGAUCACAGAAUCAACUGAAGUGAACCAGAGUGAGUUUGUACAGGAUGUGAUUCAGACUGACCCCUCUGCUACACAGGUCAAUAAACAAGCAAUUGAGUCCCCACAGAAGUCAACAAAUCAGCCAGAAGCAUCCAUCCUUUCAUCAUAUAGAACCACACCAGUGAGUGGCGCACCUACAACAGAGCUGUCUGACACUGCCCAGUUUACAUCGUUGUCCAGUAACCUUAAAUUGCGCAGAGAUUUCUUCACCCCAUCAGAUAUGGCUGAGAAAGCUCUUGUAAAUAUCCCUCCCGCAGUGCUGAAUAUGGUGAAUCGAGGUGAGCACUUUUCUUGGAGCCCCGAGGAAGAGCGCAAACGUCAAGAGAGGUGGCAGCGAGAGCAGGAGCGCAUGCUUCAGGAGAAAUAUCAGUGUGAACAGGAGAAGUUAAAGCAUGAAUGGGAGCAGGCUCAAAAGGAGGUGGAAGAGGAGGAGAGGAGGUACCACGAGGAGGAGCGGAAGAUUCUGGAAGAGACUGUGACCCCUCUGACCCCUCACUCACCGAUCGCACCAUCAGCCCUUUCCAGUACCCACAGCACUUUACACUCCCAGUGGGAACCUGCACAGAAAAAGACGAUCUCUGAGAACUGCAGACAAAGGGAAAAUGGCAUCAGUGAAGAGGCCCAGAGCAAGACAGAGUGUUUACAGAUGACAGCAAGUUCUCUGCUGCAAAGUUGUGGGUCAGUGGGUCAGUCCUGUGGCCAGAGAGGACCAGACCAGAGCCAAGAAAAGCAGGCAACACUACAGCAUUGUCAAGAUGUGCCACUGGGCAAUAGACAACAACAGCAGCAGUGUGAGACCUUAAAAAAUAAUACAUCACAGACAAAACCUGGUGGACGCAGGAGGUCUGACUCAAUAGAGAACCUUGAGCCAAAUACACCCACAUCACCAUCUUUCACAGACACACAGCCACCUCCAUCACCAAACAGGUCUGUGAGUGGAAAGAAGUUGUGUUCAAGUUGUUGUCACCCACUUGGCAAAGGUGCUGCUAUGAUUAUUGAGACUCUCAGUCUGUACUUCCACAUCCAGUGCUUUAAGUGUGGAAUCUGUAAGGGCCAGUUGGGUGACACCAGUACAGGAACAGAUGUGCGGAUCAGAAAUGGUCUACUCAACUGCAAUCAGUGCUAUAUCCGCUCCCGCUCUGCUGGUCAGCCCACUACCUUGUGAACUGUCUGAUUUGGGAGCAUAAGAAAUCUACCCAUAAUACUCACACCUUCAUUACUCACAAUGUUCACUUACAGUAUGUGAACACAAGCACAUUUAAAAUCAAACCACUUCAACAUCUUCAAGUUGGGUUUUCCAGAGUUUUUCUUUUUCCAAAACUAAAUGUGAGGCUGCCACAAAAAGCAUGUGAUUGUAGUGAAAACCAUGUUACACAUUUUCAAGUUUCUGACAUAACUGACAUUGUAACUAGCUAAUAAGCCAGUUUAUCAGCCAAACAAAUAGCAUUUAAUGCAUAUGCAGACAAAUACAAUAUAUGAGCUGUCUACAGUUUUUGGAUGAAAUCCAGCUCCCUUUGAAUUUCUGUUUAAAUCCUGAUGCUGCAGAAGUAUAUCAUUUAAAAUGCUUUCUUACAUUGCAAAGUAUUCUGUAAUUUCUGUCUCCAUUUGUUCCCCAAACACAACUAAGCUACGUAAUCUUCCUGACAUUCAAAGUGGAUUUUUAGAUGGCAAAUUAUCAAUGUUUUUACAGUAUUGUAGAAUAAAGAGUUCCUUAAAGGCAUAUAUCGAAGUUCAAUACAAGUUAAAGGAAUACUUCACCCAAAAAUGAAAACUCUCUCAUUAUUCACUUACCCUGAUGCCAUCCCAGGUGUGUAUGACUGUCUUUCUUCAGCAGAACACAAAUUAAGGUUUUUAGAAGAAGAUCCUUAUAAUGAAAGUACACGGGUGCCAGCACUAUGAUGGUCCAAAAGUCACAUUUAGGCAGCAUAAAAGUAAUCCAUGUACUCCAGUCGAUCAAUGAAUGUCUUCUGAAGAGAAUUGAUAGGUUUAUGUAAGAGUCGAUAAUUAAAAUGUUUUUAACUUUAAAUCGCUGCUUCCAUCCAAGGGUCUGAUGCAGUUUGAAAUGGCUGAACUCUCGCGUGACGUUCGUUCAUCUGUUGUAAAUAAGCACCACUUCCGAAUUCUCAUGUGAACUUGCCGACGCGCUUACGUCACACUCUGCAUCAGCUGCUGGCAAGAAGUGCUUUUUAAAAGUUAAUAACAUUUUAAUUAUCAAUUUAGUUUUUUUACACUAAUGUAUCCGUUUGCUUCAGAAGACAUUCAUUGAUCAACUGGAGUCGUGUGGAUUACUUUUAUGCUGCCUAAAUGUGACUUUUGAAUUGUCAAAGUGCUGGCAUCCAUGUAUUAUAAUCUGACAGAGCUUGAUCUUCUACAAAUCUUAAUUUGUGUUCUGCUGAAGAAAGACAGUCAUACACAUCUGGCAUGGCAUCAGGGUAAGAGAUUAAUGAGAGAAUUUUCAUUUUUGGGUAAACUAUUCAUUUAAGGUCAAUCAAAAGAAUUUGUGGCAUAUGUUGUUUACCAAAAAAAGAAUAAUAAUAAUAAUAAUUUUGACUCAAACCUCUCUCGUUAUAAAAAGCAAAAAUCAAGGUUACAGUGAAGCACUUACAAUGGAAGUGAUUGGGGCCAAUUUUUGGAGGGUUUGAAGGCAGAAAUAUGAAGCUUAUAUUUUUUUUAAAGCAACUAAAUAGUUUAAAUCGUUUUAAAUCAUCACGGCAAAGAAUUUGUAAAAUUGGAUAACUUUAAACUUUACUCUUAAUAUCUUAAAAUCAUGUUAACACAUAUAUUGUUUACCUUUUGUGGCUAUACUUCUGGAACAGUGAGUAUUAUAAUGUUUACGGAUUGGCCCCAUUCACUCUCAUUGUAAGUUCCUCACUGUAACUGUCAUUUUUGCUUUUUUAAAGAAAAGGAUGGACAAGUCGAAAAAAACAUUUUGGUAAUCAACCUUUAUGACAUAAAUGCUGUCGAUUGAGCUUAACUUGUAUUGAAGCCAGAAUAUUCAUUUAAUAACAAAUGUCAAAGCUGUAACUGACUUAAUUCCUAUUUGCAAGUUCUAAUGUCUUGAUUCUGAAACCAUAACAUGUUAGCAUCUGUAGUGCCUAAAGAUGAACGAUAUUUCAUUGUAAGAACACAGUCACUAUACCCAUGAUCAUUUAUUGGAGCAAAGUAUGUAUUUUUGUACAUAAAAAGUAAAUUUGGGCUGAUAAAACUAAUGCAUGUAACCAGAUUGCUGGUUCAUAUCAAAACUGCUGCUGCUUUCACACAAAUCGGCAAGUCAUUCAAAGUUAUUUUACUCUAAAUAGAUGGUUUGGAAUGUUGUUGCACUGAAACAGUGUGCCUUAGGAGAGACGCAAAGUCUGUACAAGAGACUUAAAGAGAAGUGUUCGUAUUCAAAGACUGUUUCUAUGCUGAUAUGAAAGAACAGAAUAUUUUUGGGCAUGUUUGAUGAUAUGAAACAAGUUGCACCUUGCUCUUUAAAAUUGUGAGGUCUAGCCCUAGGUCUAAUUAUUUCGGUUUUGCCCUUUUCACAGCACAUUGUACAUAAUUUGUCUGAGCAAUUGUAUUAUGCAAGGUUUAUUUGAAAUGUAUGGUCCAUACCACAGUACGUUUCUGAACAUAACAAUUCUUCUUAAAUCCAAAAUUUGGAUUGGCUAAAAAGAGACUUUGCUUGUCAAUGUUUGAACACCCCCCCCCCAAUCAUUCUGAACAUUAUUGAAUACAACAGAUGACGAAGCAAUACAAAGCAAUGUAUGUUUGUUUUAAAAACCCUAUCAUAACACACUCACUGGCUGUAUCACAUGUUAAAGAGUAGUAGUAAUGAAUGUUAGCUCAUUCAUUAUAUUUACCUGACCAAAAAGGCAUGUGAAGGUUUUUGGUAUCUUCAAUUCAUCAUCUUUUUUACUUUUAAAACAGUUUGAUAAUGUGGGCUAUUUAACCUUCUUCAUAACUGAUUUAUUUAGUCACUGUUUCUCUGCUUCGGAUCUGGUCAUGUAUUUCAUGUUUAAUUUGACAUAACUUUAGGUUGACACAGGGCCAAGGCAUUCGCCAGGCAAGUUAUAUGUUGUUUAGUAGCUAAAAUAGUUACCUUGGAAAGUAUAUAUUAAAUCUAAGGUAUAUUUAUUGUGUUAUUCAAAUCUACACUAUCCAAAAAUAGAUUAAUUUGAUGUUCAAAUGCAACAGCUUUUCAGUAUACUGUAUGUUUAUAAAUAAAAUACUGAAAAAUGUAAUCGAGGUCUUGUUCCUGUGUUUCUCAGGCCUGAAAUGUUUUAAAUCAGUGUGUGUAUUAUAUUAAUACAGUUAUGCGAAUAUCAGCAAAAGGAGCCGAUCAAACUAUUCUUUGGAA